AAUCAAUAUAAUAUGUUGAUCAGUACAUAAAUUAUUUUGUACAUUACAUACUUUACCGCAUGUGUAAUAGAAUCUUCCAACUAGUAAAACCAAGUGGCAUGCGCAUUGUCCUGUAUAUUCAAAUUUCUCCCAUAUACCACCAUAAUAGAAAGCCACUGUUUUUCAAAGCUUUACGUAAUAAGCUUUAGGUCUUAUGGAAUUUUAUAUUUGAUUGAUGGUCGUAUUACUUUAUUUACUUUGAGUAUUUUAUUCCUUCAAUGACCAUUAACAUUUCUAUAAAAUGAAUCUUCAUUACCAUCAAAAGCCCCUUCCACCUUCACCUCUUCUCCACCCCUUCCAUAUUAUAUGUUUAAAAGACCUCAGCCCUUAUAAUAUUUCUGUCUUUGUUCUUCGAUACUCUAUUUUCAUAAAGAUCAAAAUACUUCUCUUCUUAAUUCACUUUUAUAUUUUGAUGCAUAGCCAUAGAGUCCUGGUUUUUGAUGUAGUUUGAGAUUCAUGUCUCCAGUAAUCAGUGAAGUCCUUCUUUCUGGUUUUACAAUUAACUCAACAUUACGUCGUGGAACUCACUUAGUUCAAUCCUUCUCUGUUGUCUUCCUCUAUUGGUUCUACGUGUUCUCAUGAAAAAAUUUCUGUUUCCUUCUCACUAACCAAAACUGGACGUACUCUAAUUUAGCUAUUAUUAUUAUUAUUAUUAUUAUUAUUACUACUACUCAAACUUUAUUCAGUUGUAACGCGUUAAGUUACAGAGAUUAUGACUUCUCCUGGCGGACCUUCUUCAUCAGGGUCAGAGGAUCUACAACAACUAAUGGAUCAAAGGAAGCGCAAAAGAAUGAUAUCGAACAGGGAAUCAGCAAGAAGAUCAAGAAUGAAGAAGCAGACACAUUUGAAUGAAUUAAUGGCUCAAGUGAAUCAACUUAAGGAACAAAAUAACCAAACUGUCACAAACAUAAAUAGGGUCACACAGGUUUAUUUGAAUGUGGAGGCACAGAAUUCUGUUCUCAGAGCACAAAUGGCGGAGUUGAGUCAUAGGCUUCAGUCUUUAAAUGAGAUUAUAAAUUGCAUCAACUCAGCAAACUCAACAAUUGAUGAAACACAGGUUAUUGGUGAUGAUGGUUUCUUGAAUCCUUGGAAUUUGCUUCAUGUUAAUCAGCCAAUUAUGGCUUCUGCUGAUGCCUUCAUGUACUGAUCUAAGUAGUAUCAUUUUGCUCAUUAAAAAGUCAAUUUUAAAAAUGAUAAUGUUGUUUGGGGAUUCUUGGCUUGGCUCUAGAUGAAGGCAUUUGGUUAGGUCACAAAUAAAUUAUUGGAUUUCAUUGAAAAGAUAGAAUUUUAAAUGAGUGUUGAUAAAUAGUUGUUGACGUCUUCUCAGUUUCAUAACCUAUUGUAUUGUAUGUAUCUUAUUGUGUUAUAUGAUUUUAGCAUAUAUGAUAUUGAUUAGAUUGUAUUAUUUUUUA